AUGAAUGAAAAACCAACAAAUGCGAUGAAAUAUUCGCGUCGUCAAGUCGUGGAAACCAUCACGCAAACAAGGUCGCAACAAGCCGACCCCUCUACUGUGGUGGAAAACCAAACCUUAACUUCGUUUCUGCCUCCUCCGCCUCCGACGACUGCCCCGAAUCCUCGCCCCGAACAAAAGCACACUGAUACUGGCGCUGUUGCUGGAGGUGUCGUUGGAGGUGUCGUUGGUUUGGCCUUGAUUAUUGCUGCUGUCUGCUUUUUGCUCUUCCGAUGGCGUCGAAACCGCAACAAACGUGCGCUUGAUGAUAUGUACGCGGAGACAGGUGUGGGAGGAGGAGGAACUGAUCGUCAUGCUCGAAUGCGCGGGACACAGCCUAUUGUUAGCGAUCAUGCGUCCACAUGGAACUCGAAUGCCUCCAUUCCUGCUGAUCCAGAGAUGUAUCCGCAAACAAUGGGUCUCGAAGCGGAUCAAGAACCUUUAACAUAUGCAGCACCUAUCCACUCUCAUCCCGACCAAAUUACUGACAAUGUUGAGAACACAACUCAUGCUGAUUUCCCGGCUUACGUUCAUGAAGCAGAAAAUGGUGUUCAGCAAGACUCCCACGUCGACGAGAUCGCACCCCGCCAACCCGACUCUUUAGCCCCUGAAGAAUCUACGAGAAUGCCUUCUACAGGACUCGGCGAGCCUCUUCUAAUUAAAACGGGCUCACUUAACAGGAAUGCCAGUCAAGACAUUGAGAAGUCACCAUCGUCUGCAUUUAUGUGGUUACCUCGCCACAAAGUAUAUGGUGCAUCUCCCGCAGGCUAUACCCCCAGUGAUGCCAGCCCAUAUCCCACUAAUUAA